GAAUGUUUGUCAUUACAACAAAUAAGAAGAAAAAAAAGAAGUAGUUGCGAAAUUUGCAACAAAAUUUACACAGUGAAGCUUGUUUUUUUGCAAAUAUUUUGUUUGAAAGAAAUUUUAAUUCUGAUUAAAGAAAGUAAAACGAAAAUAAUUUUGAAGAGAGCAGCAUUUCAACAACAACAAAUAUUUGUACAAUUUCAGGAGUCCAUUACUUUAGGAUAUCUUGUUAAUUUUUUUUCUUAAACGACGAUAAAUACACACAUUAUUUGGAAAAUGGAAAUCCAACAGUUGGAGAUAUUGUGUAAACAGCUAUAUGAAGCCACAGAUUCUGCUUUGCGUUCCAAUGCCGAAAAGACUUUGGUACAAUUUGUUAGCAGCCAAGAUGCUCUGCCCAAAUGUCAAAUGUUGUUGGAUCGUGCCGAUUCCAGCUAUGCUCAAUUAUUGGCCGCCACCACCUUGACUAAGUUGAUACAAGGUUUAAAUUUGGAACAACGCAUUGAUAUUAGGAGUUAUAUUCUUAAUUAUUUGGCCAAUAGACCGAAUUUGCAACAUUUCGUAGUGCAGGCCUUGGUAACGCUUUUAGCUAAAAUAACCAAGUAUGGUUGGUUCGAUACCUACAAAAAUGAACAUAUAUUUCAGAAUCUAUUGGAAGAUGUAAAAACUUUUUUACAGGGCUCUGUGGAACACUGUACAAUUGGAGUGCAAAUUCUUUCACAAUUAGUUUUAGAAAUGAAUUCAAUUGUGGAGGUUGAUGCCAAUAUAUCAUUUUCCAAAAAUCGUAAAAUUGCUACAUCAUUCCGUGAUCAACAACUCUUCGACAUAUUUCUGUUGUCGUGUAAUCUUCUGGUUACAGCACGUGAUAAUAGUAAAACAUUGAAUUUCAUGGACGAAUCGCAACAAGCUUAUGUCAAUCUUGUUUCUCAUGUAUUGCGGCUAACAAAGAACUGUUUGAGUUUCGAUUUCAUUGGCAGUUCAACAGAUGAGUCAUCUGAUGAUAUGAAUAGCGUUCAAAUACCCACAUCAUGGCGUCCGGCAUUUUUAGAUGCAAAUACCUUGAAAUUAUUUUUCGAUUUGUAUCAAAUAUUACCCAAUGGUUUGGCCAGCUAUUCGUUAGCUUGUUUGGUACAGAUGACAUCUGUACGUCGUUCUUUAUUCAAUAAUUCGGAACGUACCAAGUUUCUUACACAUCUGGUGGAAGGUGUUAAAAAUAUACUGGUCAACUUACACGGUUUAAGUGAUCCUGAUAAUUACCAUGAAUUUUGUCGUCUUUUGGCCCGUUUAAAGUCUAACUAUCAAUUGGGUGAAUUGAUUGCAGUGCCUUGUUAUCCCGAAGCUAUUGCAUUAAUUGCUAAAUUUACCGUGCAAUCAUUACAGAUGUGGCAAUUUGCCCCUAAUAGUGUACAUUAUUUGCUAACCUUAUGGCAACGUAUGGUGGCUUCAGUUCCUUAUGUUAAAUCUGCCGAACCUCAUUUAUUAGGCACCUAUACACCAGAGGUAACAAAAGCCUAUGUUGAAUCACGUCUAGAUGCCGUUCCCGUCAUAGUACGCGAUAAUAUUGAUGAUCCCCUGGAUGAUUUGUGCAUGGUACAACAACAAUUGGAACAACUAUCUGUCAUCGAACGCUGUGAAUAUGAUAAAACGUGCCAAUUAUUGGUUCAGCAUUUCGAUCAAAAAGCCCGUGAAUAUGAAAAUUUACUCCAAACACCCAACUCAAAUCCCAUGGAUAUCAGCAUACAUGAAUUACAAUUGACAUGGUUGGUGUAUAUCAUAGGUUCGGCAAUUGUCGGUCGCCUGACGGUCAAUUCGAAUGAUGAACAUGAUACCAUGGAUGCUGAAUUGGUUAUCAGAGUUUUUCAGUUAAUGAGAUUAACAGAUGCUCGUCUACCGCAAGCAGGCUGUGAAAAACUUGAAUUGGCUAUCUUAAGUUUCCUGGAGCAGGUGCGCAAAAUGCAUAUCAGUGAACAAACACAAAAGGCAAAUGUUUACAAGCGUUUAAGUGAAGUAUUUGGUAUCAGUGAUGAACAAAUGCUCUUAAGUUUUAUCAAUCGUAAAAUUAUAACAAAUCUGAAAUUUUGGGGCCAUUCAGAGCAAAUUAUAACGAAAACUUUAAUGCUGCUAUCAGAUCUCUCUGUGCAUUUCAAUUCCGUGCGAAAAUUAGCAAAACUAGAGGAAGUGCAGUUUAUGCUUACACAUCAUACGAGCGAACAUUUUCCAUUUUUGGGAACUAAUUCCUCAUUAACGGAAAUGCGUUGUCGUACCAUGUUUUAUACGUCCCUUGGACGUCUUUUAAUGUUUGAUUUGGGCGAAGAUGAAGAGAGAUUUUAUAGUUUUCUAACUCCCUUAACCAAUCAAUUUGAAAACCUGGGUCCUGUUCUUAUGGACACCAAUAGUUUUCCCAACGAGGAAGCCAAAAAGGCGAUUAUUGGCUUGGCCAGAGAUUUGCGAGGUCUAGCUCAACCCUUAACAUCACGUGUUCCUUAUACCAUGCUCUUUGAGUGGUUAUACUACUCCGAUUAUCUACCCAUGUUAAUACGAGCUGUUGAACUUUGGGCCCAUGAUCCUGCUGUCACAACACCAGUGUUAAAACUUUUUGCCGAAUUAGUGCAUUGUCGUACGCAACGUUUACAGGGCAACGUUUCCAGUCCCAUGGGUAUUUUGUUAUUCCGUGAAGCAUCAAAACUUAUUUGUAUCUAUGGUAAUCGUAUUUUGCAUUUGGAUGUACCACGUGAUCAACAAUAUCCCAUGCGUCUGAAAGGCAUCUCAGUGUGUUUCACCAUUCUCAAGAAUGCAUUGGGUGGGAACUAUGUUAAUUUUGGUGUUUUCAAACUAUACGGUGAUGAUACAUUGGAUAAUGUUUUGAAUAUUGCUGCAAAAAUGAUCAUGUCAAUACAACAGAAUGAUUUGUUGGAAUAUCCCAAAUUGGCCUCAUCCUAUUUCAAUUUAUUGAAUUGUUUAUCACAAGAUCAUAUAAGUUUUCUGGCUGGCCUAGAACCUGGUGCAUUUGUUUACAUUCUAGAAAGUCUAUCUAAAGGUUUUACAGCUUUGGAUUCGACUAUUUAUAUAACCUGUUGUUCCAUUUUGGAUAGCAUUGUAUCCUAUAUAUUUAAGCAACUUCAGUUGAAAAUGUCUACAUUCCCAAAUAAAAAAUUACGCAGUUUAACUCCGGAAAAUGCUAGAUUUUUAGAGGUUGUUAAAAUGAAUUCGGAAUUGUUACAAAAUAUGAUGUCAACUUUAUUAAAUAAUGUGAUGGCCGAAGACUGUCGGAAUCAGUGGUCUAUGUCAAGACCUCUAUUAGUUUUAAUACUUUUGUACGAAGAUUACUUUAGAUCUCUUAAAGAAAACAUUCUACGCGCACAACCUUUAGACAAACAACAAAUAAUGGCCCAAUGGUUUGAUGAUUUAAUGAGCGGCAUUGAACGAAAUGUUUCCAGUAAAAAUAAAGAGAAAUUCACUCAUAAUUUGUCAUCCUUCCGUCGUGAUGUGGUAAACUUGCCGAAAAUAUCGAAUUAUAGCACUGAUAAUUCGUAUCAAAUUUAUUCGGAAAAUAAUUAUUCGGUUUCGGUGUGAUUCUUUACAUCUAACGAAAAGCAUUAAAACACGGACUGCUUUCAUAAUAAACUGAAACAAAAUAAAAUUCAUUUUGGAUAAUGUUUUUUUUUAAACUAAAUUUAAUAAAGAAAAAAGUAAAAAAAUAAUGAUACUAUCCAACCAA